AUGGGCGACCGAAGCCAGCCGGAGCUGGACUGCUGCUCGCAGGUGAAGGAUGGCCUGGAGGGUGUUGUGGGAGCACUGCUGAGUAUGGCCAUGGGCCUCGUGCUCAUCACAUUGGGCUUGCCGGCCUUUUUGUUAGUUGGCUCGCUGGACCUGCUGGGAAAUCUCUACGAAGCGUGCGGAGGCGACCGGAAAGACUGGACUCUCUUCGUCGUCGGGGCGGACAAGCCGGACGAUGUGCCGGAGCAGUGUAACCGAGAAGCAGCCGGAAAGACGGAGGCCAUGCGUGGCCAAGGUCCCUGGCCGAACUUUGUCUACCAUCUUCGGAACAACCAUCCCGUGUUCGGCGUGUUCUGCUGCGAGUACGGACAUCCCUUCAGCCCUGUUGAGAGGAUGGGCUUGCUGGUGCUGCUUCUUAGCUUCGCUUACUUCAUGGCCGGAUUGAAGGCCAGGGGCCAAGAGUCCAAAGGCUCCUUCGAAGCUAUGCAGGAGGGUUACUGUAUGCUUUGGAGUGCUCAGGUGAAGUUUGUUGACUACACGAAGCACACGCACUGGAAUGACCAAUGGGACUGGCUGUGGAUCGACUGCUACUCUUUGGUGUGCAUAACCCUGCCCAGCAUGGUCCUGCAGACCAUGCUGAAGUAUUUCGCAUUGUUGAACUACAAGUAUGUGCUGAACAAGUACAGCUACUUUGCAAAGAUGCGGGAGCAGCGCUGCCGUACCUUUGCCAGGCAGUUCUGCGUUGACCGCGGUCUUGGCAUGGAGCGACCGAGGGCUCGUCGGCAGCAGGGCACUGGCUUCGGGGAGUGUGACUGCCUCGAGAAGUGCUGCAAGCUCUUCUGCAAGCUCUCCGACGCUUGCAAGGCCUGCAACAACUCCUGUGAAGAUGGAAAAGCGCAAGCUGUCAACUCGCUGUUCGCCAGCCUCUUUGCCGGGCUGGCCUUCGCAGGGUCCUGUGUCUUCGUCGUCCUUGGGAUCCGGCUCGACAUGGACGUCUCAGAAGAUGUUUGGCGGUCUCUGUGUAUCGGUGCAGGCCUGAACUUCUUCCUCCUUUGGUUUCUGCAGGCCAUUGCCUACUUUGCACUGCUCUGGCAGUACCAGCAUUGGGAAGGGCCGCGGUUCUGGCUGCUGGGGCAGGAGGUGCCUCCACACCCUGAGCUUUGGGUGGAGAUGCGCCGGUUCUUCCGUUUGCUGGACCGGAACAAUGACGGGCUCAUCAGCAAAGAGGAGAUGUCCGAGGCAGUGAGGUCGCUCUUGAACCAGGAGCUGUCCGAAGAGGGCUGGACAAGCUUGCUGCGGGAGUUUGAUGCUGACGACGACGGACGGCUGUCCCUGCGCGAGUUCGAGGGGAUCAGGUCCGAGUUCGCUGCCAAAGCAGGGUGGUGGACACGACCGGAGGCACCUUGA